AUGUUGACUCUCUACUGUCCUUCCCUAAACAAGACCAAGAACGAUUCCGGUGUCGGGCCCUUCAAAAAGCAUGACGAGCUCCUCCAAGACAUUCGCUCGGUCUUGCGCAUCGAUUACGCCGCCGUCUACGACCUCUGCGCCUGCGAAGCAGGAGACAUCGUGCGAGUUGCCGCGGAGAAAGGCGAGACCAUGCGGUUCUACUCGCCCAGGAACUGCAUCUUCUACAAUGGUGAAGAAGAGGUUAGCAACGAAUGGGUCGACGGUUACGGCUUACCGUGGAAGGAACUCACCGACCCACAGAAGUGCGGACAUGUCAUGAGCGUCGGUAAAGGUCCAGGAGGUUUCGUCUUAGACAACACCAUCCGGAUCACGCGCCCGUACGUCGACGUUCAAAAGGAGUUGAAGGAAAUCGCUGGUGCUGCUCCGGACGAUAUGGAUUCCAAGCGCAACCUUGGGAUGGCCAUCUUCUACAAUUGGGCCAGAAAGUGGGAGAUGCUCCUACCCGCUUCGAUGAAGCCGGCCCCUGACGAAAUCUUCACCAAGGUCCUAGGUCUCCUCGUCGUCCUUUCCUCGUUCACCCACGGCUCAGGAGGCCUAGUACGCGGCUACCUCGUCGACGCCGUUAACGCCCGCCUUGCUCUGGAAGAUGACGAGACGAAAGACCCCCUCCUCCGUGCUCAAGACGUCGUGCACGUGAUCAGCACCCUGUACGACAAGGCGGGUAGUCUAGCGGCCAAGAUCGCGCUAGCCAAGGAGAAGGCGAUGAAGGACAAGAUGAAAGCGAAAGAGGGGAAGAAGGCGUGGAGGAGGAGGCCAAGGAUGGGAGGGAAGAGCGAGGCGGGGGCCGAUGUGGAUGAGAUCGCGGAUCGGCUGGAUGGUGUUUAA